UCGUCACUCUUAAAAUAGAAAAUAUUUAAAAAUACAAUCUUAAUUUUAUGUUAGUUAAUUAAUUUAAAUUUGACUAUAACAGUUAACAAAGUUGGCGUAAAUUGUAUUACAUAUUAGGUAUGUGUUAGAAUUACGUUAUUUUGGAUGUCAUACCAUAGGCACAUCUAACUAAAUCACAUUCUUAGUUAUAGGCUCCACACGCCUUGCUAUUCUUUGCUUUUCAAGUGGCCAUCGGUUCGUCAAUCUUUUAUAUAUUCAGAAGAGCCAUAUUUUGAAGAAAAAAAAACUCGUUUAAUUUUUUUUUGGUCUAAAAACACUUUUAUAAUCGGCAUGUUUGGAUGAUUUACCUUUGAAUUCCUAAAAAUUCAAGAAAGAUUUUAAUUUUAAACUAAUUCAAACAAAAGUUAUGACCAAAAAACAAGUUUUUGACCAUAAAAUUGCUCAUCUUUGAUGACAAAUAUCACAGAAACAAUAAGAUGAGAAGUAAUUAUGAGAUACUAUUAUGAUUAACGAUGAUGCAGUUAAUAUAAUAGGCUUUAGAAACAAACUAUCAUAAUAUCAAUGGAUUCAUAUCAAAGGUCAUUGGCGCAGGGAAGGCCUUUAAUAAAACAUUGAUAAAUUUCAUACUCCGUGCGUCAAUAAGUGAUACCUAAUAUAUGUAGACACGCUAUCAAUAAUCUUAUUUAAAUCUUAUUAAUCAGAUACUUACUAACAAGAGAGUUUUUGUCAACAAACAUUACAGACACAAAAUAAGCAGAUUCGAGGGCACGGUUAAGCCCAUAUUACCACGUUAACGCAUGGUAUUUUUCAACCACACAAAAGAUAAGCAUAACAAAGGAUAAGGUAAUACUACCAUUUUACUGAACAUAUUUUAGUAGCGCCGAAGCAAGCAAUAAAGACACUUGUUACUGUAGACUGGCUGUUGAAAGUUGAGACAAUUUAAAAUGGAUAAAAAUAAUAGUAAAAGGUUGCUGCCGUUCCCUUCGAAUUUCCCAGAAGACUACAAAAAUUUUGUUAGAAGUCUCAAAAUGCAGAAGAGAAAUCAAACUGAUCCCAAGGUCGAUCAGGAUAUGGAUACAAAGCAGGAAAAUAUUCCAGACUCCAUCCUCGAUCAGGAUAGGGAUACAAAGGGGGAAAACAUUGUAGAUUCCAAGGUCGAUCAGGAUAGGGGUACAAAUCGGGAUAAUAUUGUAUCUGAUUUUAGAACCUUAAUCAAAGACGUGCCGGAUGAGAAAUUGGAUGAAAAUGUGGGAAAGAGUAAAGUUUGUUACAAAACUUUACCAACCUGUAACUUUAAAGUUACAAUUAGAUUAAUAGUUUUAGUGUUUAUAAUUUUGUUAAGGUGUGUUGUUCGAUAUGAUGUUUAAUUUUUAGUUGUAAAGACUGAUUGUUACGUUUGUUGAUUUGCUAUUAUACGAUUAUAAUAUUAUGUUUAUGUAUUAUUUAAGAAUUUUGCUAAGAUAUGUUGUUGAUUAUGAUUAUGAUGUUAAAUUUUCAAUUGUAAAGACUAAUUAUUACGUGUGUUGAUUUUUUAUUCUAUUGUAAUAUUAUAUUUAUCUAUUAUUUUACAUUUAUUAAUCAUGUGAAUAUUUGUAGUUGCAAUUUAUAGUAAAUAUCUGAAUCGGAUUGUGCUUUGUGUAAAAUUACUUGGCUGUUGUGUUGAUAUAAAAUAAUGAUAGAAACAUAUCUAGUGUUAAUUAGGUAGGUAGAGGCCGUAGAGGUAGUUAUUAUCUUAAUCGUUUAAAUUAAUUGUUAAAGAUUUCCUUAUUUUAUUAAACAUUUAAAAGACCCAACGAGUUUUAUUUUACAUAGUUACAUGUCAUAGUCAAACGCAAAACGUCCCACUUUGUCGCUAAUCGUAAAGAUGAGAUUUGUAUGUACAGCAGCUUUAUAGCAAUCGACAAAGUGGGACAUUUUACUAAACUGGAUCACAAAUGUUCCAAAGUCUAGUUUAACGGAACGUUUGACUAUUUCCUACCUAGAAUCAGCCAUGUACUUAAAUCCAAACAAACAAUAAUAGCAUUAUAUUGUUUUUCUAAAAAUAUUACAUAGCAAA